AUGAGCCUAAAUAUAUUCAGCGGCCGGUUUCGUCCAAAACCUCUGCCAGGAACUGCCUUGUACUCAGCUACUACCAACAAAUCCGGACCUAUCCUUAAAUAUGAUGACCAAUCCGGCAACCUUUUCACAGAAGAGACCUUCACAACCCCUUCUGCUGCCCUAUCUAUAUUUGAAAAACCGACUUUCUCCGAGAGAAGGGCCCUGUUCCUCAAGUACCGCCGUACAAACCCUGAAAAACAAGAAGGCACACUCUUCAACCUGUGUCGUAUGUCCCUUCUGCAACAUGUCGAAUCUCUGACGCCAGAUGUGCUUAUCGACCUUCCAUGGCACUACGGGAAGAUAAUAUGGGACGACAUAAUCCACGCUACUGCGGACUCAUACACAAUAUUCCGGAAUUUCUGCGAAGUCUACGGCCAUGAACUCGAUUUUCACCCAGGGAAUCGGGAACUCUGUAACACUAGCACUAAAAUUCCAGCAUCACGACAUUUGAGGAUAGCAAUGUCAGAGAGCACACCUUGGAUACCACACUAUAUACCCUAUCUAGCGUCCCCUUCGGCAUCCUGGCUUGUUAACCUUACAAUAAAAGGUGGAUUUGACUUCUGGGAACUGACAGAACUCAACGGUCUGCGAAAUCUAGUCUGCUUAACCUUAGAAUUCCCACCCGCGAAUAGUGGCUAUAAUGCUCUCGGCAGAGUUUUCAAAAACUGGGUAACGAACAAAACUAACUUUAAUAAUCUACGCGUCCUACGACUGAUGAAUAUAUUGGAUACGGUUGUUUCUGGCGAGGCGAAGAUAUUGGCCAAUUUAAACAGUUUACCAGGCUUGAAGGUAGUCGAACUGAGGAUAGUCGAUCGAUACAUAAGGGUGCCAAUAUACCGGUGUGAAUACCUCAAGAAGAAAGACUUCGGAAUUGGGCAGAAGACUGGCUGGGCGGCAUUCUGUGGUGACGCUGCGUGUCCAGAAUGCUUGACCGCACUACGGCGAAACGCUGACCUAGCAAAUGUUGCUCUAUCGAAAGUACCCUGGGCAGGCUCGGAUGCUUUCAAGAGGAUGCAUAAAGUCGCCGAAUGGAUUAUUAUGAAAGAGAGGAUGGCAGAGGGUAAAAGAAGGGUGAUGCUAGAUGUGUCACCGAGCCCCAAUGCCGAAAAGGUCGGCGGCUGGGUAUAUUUCUACAGAGAAGAGACCGGCCCUCGCCCGAUAGAGGCAGUUUCUGAACCUAACGGGGGGAAGAAAAGACCUUUAUCAGAGAUUAAUACACAGGGCGAAGAGAAACUAAGCACUCCGCCUAAACGCCAAAGUUUAAACAAGACCUACAAAGCCAAAGCUAGCAAAAGACGAGAUAUAGGGUCACUUCUUAGUUCAUUCAACUAA